UGGAAUCAGUGUUUAAUUUACAAAAAAAUAUUGUUGACAAAUUAACACCAAUUUCUAAACUUUAUGAUACAUGUAAAGAAGAAGUAGCCAAUAAAUUCAGCAGCUUAGAAUCUUCUGAAGCUCAAAUAAAACAACUUAAUUAGAGUCUAUUCGAAAAGGAUGAAAGUAUCAGGAGACUUAAUGUAAAUAUCGAAAAGAUUACAUAGCAACACCAAACACUUAAGUUGCAAUUAGAUGAGAGUCAAAAUAUGUUAAUAAAGAAAAACAAAGAUAAUCAGCUAUGUCAAGCUGUAGUUAAUACAUUGAAUAAGACUUUACCCAAUACUCUUAUCCCAUCAAGUUGCUCUCCUUUUGGAGAUUCUCCUGGUGUUCAUCAACUCAAUAUUUCUGGUGUAGGUUUCUUCGAUGUUUUAUGCGAUAGUCAGUUAGCUGGACCUGGAUGGAUUGUAAUACAACAACGAGUUGGGGGAAAUGAGGAUUUCAAUAGGGAUUGGGCAACGUAUCGCAACGGUUUCGGUUCCUUUGAGAGUGAUUUCUUCCUCGGGCUCGAGAAAAUACAUCGUAUUACGAGUUUGCAGCGUUACGAACUUUAUAUACAUUUGGUUGCUGUGAAUGGAAGGACUUACAACGCUCGUUAUGAUGACUUCAAAAUAUCUGAUGAAGACAAUGGAUACGCAAUGAGUUUGGGUAAAUUCAAUGGAACUAUUAUUGACGAUGCGAUGAGAGACAGUGAAAACAUGAAAUUCGAAACAUCCGAUAGCGAAAACGACGGAUUUGGUGAUUAUUAUAGUUGCGCAGAUAUUAACAAAAGUGGCUGGUGGUACAAUUUUUGUAUUAAUUGUAAUUUAAAUGUACCAUAUUGGCAAAAUCUAUCUUGGUAUUCUAUUGAUCUGAAAGAAGUUAAGAUGCUUAUUCGCCCCAAAGGAAGCGAUGAAGAAGUAAGCAACUGAAGAGCUGAAAUUCCGAUA